UUUAAUACGGUCGAAAUGAAUUCCUCUCGAAAGAUUUUCGUGUUAUUUUUAAUAAUAUUUGGAUUAUUUCAAUUGGUUUUUAGUCGUUUAACAUCAUCUGCAGCUUUACGUAAAAAUGUUGGAAGAGUUCCAUUAUGGAACGCGACAUUGGUGGAUAAAUUAAAACAAGAUUUAUUAUUAAAUUAUGACAAAUUUGCUCGACCAACUCCACACACAAAUAUAACGACCGUUAAGUUUGGUAUGGAAAUUAAAAAUGUUGAGGUUAACGAGUUUAAAUCAACUGUAACCAUCGCUGGAUGGACUAGAUUGGUUUGGACCGAUGAUAAAUUAAAAUGGCAAGCAGAAAAUUACGAUGGUGUUGAUAUGUUUCAUGUUGCACCACAUGAAGUUUGGCAACCAGAUUUAGUUUUACAAAACAGCGCUACAACAACAGCAAUAGCUCAAGAAAGUACAAAUCUAUUAGUUUUCAAAAACGGAGAAAUUCUUUGGGUCCCAACAACUACGUUUCCAGUACUUUGCGAUUUUAAUCUUAAAAUGUGGCCGUUUGAUCAACACCGUUGUAAAUUGAUAAUUGGAUCUUGGGCGUAUAACAGCGAUCACGUUCAAUUGCAGUACUAUGGAAAUGCAAAUAAUACAAUUGUUAAUAAUCGGACUCCUGAUGAAGUUUUGGAAUGGCACAUAACCGAUUUCGAGCUUUUAAUGAACACAAGAAAUUUUUGUUGUGGAAAUUCUUAUCCGACUCUCGUAAUUAAUUUUACACUGAAAAGAAUUACAACUUGCUAUAAAAGUUUGAUUUUAUCUCCACUGAUUGUUGUUAUCAUUUUAUCUUUAUUAUCAUUUUGGUUACCACCAAAAUCAGAAGAAAAAAUCCUGUUAAAUGUUAUCACAACCACCAUUAUAGUUGCUUUAAUGCUGUAUUUUACACUAAAAUUACCAGCUAUGGGCAAUGAUACGCCUUUAAUCGUUAAGUUUUACACAUCCACGUUGAUUAUAACAACUUUAUCAAUGAUUAAUGCUGUGUUAAUAAUUUUUUUAUCAACGACUCCACAGAAGUAUCCAGUUCCUUCGAUGCUGAGAAAGUUUUUAAACCAUCAUUUAGGAAUUUAUCUUGGUUUAUCAAAUUAUAUAAAUCAAGAUAAAUCUAAUUUGGAUAACGAAAGAAAUAAACCACCAGAAAAUUUUUAUUCAGGAAAAUAUCAAGAUGAUUGGAUUUUAUUAGCUUCAGUAAUAAAUCGAAUUUUAUUUUUAAUUUAUACAAUCAUCUUUAUCGUUCUAAUAUCGAAAUAUAUUCUUUAAUAUAUUUAAUUUUAAAUAAGCCAAUUUCUUUUGGAUCCAUUUAUAAUAAUUUUUAAUUAUUAAUACGAGAAAAUCUUAUAAUGUAGACAUAAAUGUUUAAAAAUAAAGUUAUUUUUCUGUUCCCAA